UCCGUCGGCCGAGCAGUGGACGUGGUAGGGGAUGGGGAGGCCGGGGCGGCUGGUGUGGGUCGCCUGCCUAGCCCUGUGGGGCGGCGCCUGCGCCUGGCUGCCCGGGGCCCAAGCCAAGACCAUCCAAGGGAGCUUCUCCAGCGCCGCCGCCAGGACCGGGCAGGUGGUGGCGCAGUUCCAGUUCCACGGUGAUUGUGCUCUUCUGUAUGUCAGAAUCCACAACGUAGCAACAGCCGUCGGGAAGGAAGCCAGGCUUCACCUGUUUCAAGCUCAAGAAUGGCAGAAGCUGCAAGAAAGCCUCCCGGGUUACAGCUGUACGGAAAAACUGUCCAAGGCUCCGUUGAUAAUGAACGUGAACAGCACAGAACAAAAUCUGACUGUGUCCCAGAUUCCCUAUCCAGAAACGUGGUAUGUGUUUUACGUUGACAAGUUUACCUGCGCGGAGAACUAUGAGCAUUCUGAGUCGGAGGACGUUCGGUUUGAAAUGGUAAUACUAAACCCAGAUGCAGCAGGGAAUCCGUUAGAUCACUUUAGUGCAGGGGAAUCUGGCCUCCACGAGUUCUUCUUCCUGCUGGUCCUGGGGUACUUUGUCGCCGCUUGCAUCUACGCUCAGUCCUUGUGGCAAACGAUCAACAAAGGCGGACCGAUGCACAUGGUGCUGAAGGUCCUCUCCACCGCGUUGCUGUUGCAGGCCGCCUCGGCUUUUGCUAACUACUUGCACUUCUCAAGAUAUGCCAAAAAUGGAGUAGGAGCACCUUUUAUGGGAAGCCUAGCAGAGCUGUGUGACGUAAUCUCUCAGAUGCAGAUGCUGUACCUGCUGCUGAGUCUGUGCAUGGGCUGGGCCAUCAGCAGAAUGAAGAAAGCUCAGAGCAAACCUCUCCAGUGGGAUUCCACUCCAACGUCCACGGCCAUUGCUGCAGUUGUGGUCGCAGUGCAGUGUCUCUUGUUAAUCUGGGAGCAGUUUGAAGACACCAGUCACCACAGCUAUCACUCGCACCACAGCAUAGCAGGGGGACUUCUCACCGGCUUGAGGAUUUGCCUGGCUUUGUCACUAGGCUGCGGACUUUACCAGAUCAUCCGAACGGAGAGAAGUACACUUAAAAGGGAGUUUUAUAUCACCUUUACAAAGGGCUGCGUUCUGUGGUUUUUGUGUCACCCCUGUCUUGUAUCCAUAUCUCUAAUGUUUAGAGACUAUCAGAGAGAGAAGAUUAUUACCAUUGGUGUCACCCUCUGCCAGUUGUUCUCCAUGAUCCUCCUGUACCGGCUUUUCGUUUCCCACAGUCUUUAUUGGGAAGUGUCUUCGCUCUCAUCAGUGACGUUGCCACUCACUGUAGCAUCCGGACAUAAAAGUCGACACCACUUCUGAGACGCUGCGGAGGAAGGUUUAUUGGCAAAAGUGCAAUAUGAGACUUGGAAACGCGACUCUUUUCAGCACUCAAUCCCAGAGAAUCCAGAUGUUCAGACUAAGCAUUUUGAUGUUGUUGGAUUGCAAUGAGUUGAGAGAUAAGAGAUGUUUGAUGAAAACGAGCGACUAGCAAAUAGGUCGUCUUUUGUUGUCUCGGAUGAGAACGACAGAGAAGCGAAGACGACAGAGAAGCAAAACAAGUCCAUAGCCCGGAUUGCUUUUCACUCCAAAACUGCCUUGUUUUAAAAAUCGGAGCGUGAUCCAAAUCACAGUAAAUCACAAAGCUUAAACAUAGAACAAGUUUUGUAACUAAUGCGUUGGCAUAAUGUUGCUUUUUUAACUUAUGUUUGAAAUGAAGUGCAAUUUAGGCAUAGGUUUAAAAGAACUUGAAAACUGUUAGCACCCAAGAAACCAAUGUGAAAUGUUUACAGCAAA